UGCCGGCGUCGCAAUCUUCAAAAGUCUGACACAAAACAGAAUAAUCAGAACAAAAAUAAAUAUAUAUAUAUACACGUAUAUACACUAUAUAUAUACAUGGUAUACGAAUUAUUACACGUAGUUGCAGAUUGAAACGGAUGUGAGAAAAAAAAAGAAGGAGAAAAGAUUUUUAGAGAGGAAAAAAACAAGAUUAUUAUUAUUAUGAGGAGAAGUGGGGGCAAUUGAGAAUUGUCUCCUUUCUCCCCUAAUUUUAUGAAUCCUUUUUUUUCUUCUUCUUUGACAAAUUGUUAUUAAUACACACACAACCAGAUUACUGAUAUCCAAACAACAAAUAUAUAGCCAUCAUUUUUUCUCGUUUUCUCUUUUACUCCUCUUGUCUAGAACAUUCCAUGUUUUUGUUGUCAAUUGUCUCUAAAACCCUAUACUCUGUUUGGGUAUAAUCAAGAUUUCAUUUCCUUUUUUGUGGUUAAUUAUGGGUUCUAUUGGAAUUGGAAUUCGGGUUGAAAUGGAGAACCGUUGGGAUUUUGUAAGUGCUGAUCCAUCAACAAUAACAGAGGAUUGUUGGGUUGUGGGUGAAGAAGCUAUAAAUGAAGUUGUUAAUUGUGUUCAUCCAACUCUUGAUACUGAAGAAAAAAGGAAAGAUGUUAUUGAUUAUGUUCAAAGACUUAUCACAUGUUCUCUUGGUUGUCAGGUUUUCUCAUAUGGAUCAGUGCCACUGAAGACCUACCUUCCUGAUGGUGACAUUGAUUUGACUGUUUUUGGCAGUCCUAUUAUUGAAGAAACAUUGGCCCGUGAAGUUCUCGCUGUUCUGCAGGAAGAAGAGCUAAAGGAAAAUACUGAGUAUGAUGUCAAGGAUCCCCAAUUUAUUGAUGCUGAGGUUAAGCUCGUGAAAUGUAUAGUACAAAAUACUGUGAUAGAUAUAUCCUGUAAUCAGUUAGGAGGACUUUGCACACUUUGUUUCCUCGAGCAGGUAGAUCGCCUUGUUGGUAAAAAUCAUCUCUUCAAACGUAGCAUUAUAUUGAUAAAGGCUUGGUGCUAUUAUGAAAGUCGUGUUCUUGGUGCACAUCAUGGUCUGAUCUCCACAUAUGCUUUGGAAACACUGGUCUUAUAUAUAUUCCAGCUGUUCCAUUCAUCGUUAGAUGGUCCUCUAGCGGUUCUCUAUACCUUUUUGGAUUACUAUAGCAAAUUUGAUUGGGACAACUAUUGUAUCAGUUUGAAUGGUCCAGUAUGCAAAUCAUCCCUUCCGGAGAUAUUUGUUGAGAUGCCAGAUUAUAUAAGCAACGAUUUAUUGCUUAGUGAGGAGUUUUUAAGGAACAGUAUGGAAAUGUUCUCAGUUCCAUCCAGGGGUCUUGAGACGGACACACGACCAUUUCAACAAAAGCAUCUAAAUAUAAUUGACCCCUUGAAGGAAAAUAAUAACCUUGGGCGUAGUGUCAACAGAGGUAAUUUCUAUCGAAUAAUAAGAGCUUUCAAGUAUGGGGCCCGCAAGCUCGGUGACAUUCUUUUGUCCCCAUCUGACCAUGUUGCCGAUGAGAUCAAGAACUUCUUUGCAAACACUAUUGAGAGGCAUAGACACAAUCAUGUGGCUGCUUUACAACAUACCAGCCCAAUUUUUGGUGAUGAAGACACAUGUUCUGAUGAAUUUUAUGCCAAUUCUAGAAUUCUUCUGAAAUCAUCAGAUGGUGAUUUUGAGAAUGAUAGCCUGAGAAAGGCAUUUAAAUCAAUAUCAAAUGAGUUGUUGAGUAAUUCGAUGAAUGGAGUUUCUUCAGAUAUGCUGUCAGAAAAUGGCUCCUUUUCAGAUGCAAAUGAUCCUUCAGCUUAUGUACCUCUAAAUCUCGAUCUUGCAAAUGGCACAUAUGACUGUUGUUUUAAUGGAAGCUCCACGAGUUCUCUUUCUUGGAAGCAUUACUAUGCUCCUCCGUUUCAUUUCAAUAAAUCAUGUGUUGAAAAUGGGAACCCAGGGCCCGAGAAUUCGUGCCAAAGUGGCCUAUCUGAUUCUGGUUUGUGGGUAGAAACCACAGGCAGCAUAUACCAAUCAGGUACAGAUUAUAGUGAGGACAUCUGGUCUGGUGGUUCAGAAAUCUCAAGUCCAAAGACCAGUAUUUUAGAAAGUGUAACUCUCGAUAUAGGGGAAAGGGACGCGAGCACAGCUGGAGAUAUUGAAGCUAUGAUCAAUCCGUUGGUGGACUUAAGUGGGGACUAUGACAGCCAUAUACGGAGUUUGCUCUAUGGCCAGUGUUGCUUUGGGUUUGCUCUGUCAGCACCGGUACUUAAUAGUCCAUCAUCACCACCUUCAUCUCGAAACACAAAAUUUUGGGAUACUGUCCGACAAUCAAUGCCACUUAGACAGAACUCAUUUCUGCAAACAAAUGAAAACGGUAUGCUUGUGGGACCAACUGCUCAACCUUCUGCCAAUUCUCGACCAUCUACUGCUACUUUAGGUUCUGAAGAGAAAGAAAUGGCACAAGGAACUGGAACCUACUUCAUUAAUACGGAAUAUCACCAGGAGAGACGUUGUAAAGGACGGACUAGGAGUAAGGCACCAGGAAGUUAUGGUCAGUUGCAUUUGCAUAGUGGGACCCAUAGUUACGGGUCCGUUGCUUCUUCUGAUGCAAAUCAGUCAGAAAAGUGUUCAGAGAUUUCAGCUGUAAAAUCUCCCGUUCAAGGUCGUGAGAAGUUAGCCAUAUCUAGCCAAGCUGAUAAGCUCCUCGAAGAUUCUCAUGCCAAUGCUUUCUCGAAUUCCUCAUGUAGAAUUGAAUUUGGAUCUCUAGGGAAUCUCUCUGAGGAUGUGCUUUCAUGCACUUCUCGUGAUGUGCUCCUGAUUCCAAGUGUCCCGAAAAAAGUGCAGGUCUCAAAACCUGCACGUAGUGAACAAGAAAGGGCUGCAGAGCAUUCAUUGCUGCUAAAGAACGAGGAUGAGUUUCCUCCUCUGUCAUUGUGAAAGGGAAUUUUACAGUAAAAGCUAACAAAAACAGAUACGUUAGGCAGAUAUCAGACAUAAAACUUUUAGACAGUAAAUCAGAGUAUGUUCUUUUACCCGACAUUUUCUUGCACAUUUAGUGGAGUACCGUUUUGGUAGUGAGAGAGUACAACAACUACAGCUUAGUUCCAAUCUAGUUGAGGCCGGCUAUAUCAACAUAGUGUAAAAUAGAUAUGCACAUUGUACAGUUUCUUCGGCAGUACUUUGUUGCUGCAUUAGCUGUAAUGCUGUAGUUCCUCCACCAUUGCAAACUUAGUUCCUGUUAGCUUCUAA